ACCAAGGAUAAUCAAAUGAAGCCAUUUGACAAGUAUCAGGAUAUAGAACAAGGUGGUUAUGCUAAGUUUACCGGCCUGAAAACGUACAACAAGCAGCUGAAAACGAUGAUUGCCAUUGGUGGCUGGAACGAGGCUUCUUCACGCUUCUCACCUCUGGUGGCUAGUGCCGAUCGGCGACAACAGUUCAUAAAGAAUAUAUUGAAAUUCUUGCGUCAAAAUCAUUUCGAUGGAAUCGAUUUAGAUUGGGAAUAUCCAGCACAUCGUGAAGGCGGAAAGUCGCGUGAUCGGGAUAACUAUGCGCAGUUUGUACAGGAAUUAAGAUCAGAGUUUGAACGCGAGGCGGAGAAGACUGGACGCUCGAGGCUGCUGCUUACCAUGGCUGUGCCAGCCGGCAUUGAAUACAUUGACAAGGGCUACGAUGUGCCCAAGCUAAACAAAUAUCUGGAUUGGUUUAACGUCCUAACCUAUGAUUUUCAUUCCUCACAUGAACCAUCGGUUAAUCAUCAUGCGCCUCUUUACUCUCUGGAGGAUGAUUCCGAAUAUAACUAUGAUGCUGAGUUAAAUAUUGACUAUUCCAUCAAAUAUUAUCUAAAAGCUGGAGCCGAUCGUGAUAAGCUGGUAUUGGGCAUACCUACCUACGGACGCUCCUACACGCUCAUUAAUGAGGAGAGCACUGAGCUCGGUGCACCUUCGGAGGGACCUGGCGAACAGGGUGACGCUACCAGAGAGAAGGGAUAUUUGGCAUACUAUGAGAUUUGUCAAACACUUAAGGAAGAUCCCGAAUGGACUGUGGUGCAGCCCAACGAAAAUGUCAUGGGUCCGUAUGCCUACAGGCGCAAUCAAUGGGUGGGUUACGAUGACGAGGCCAUUGUACGUAAGAAGGCAGAGUAUGUGGUCGCCCAUGGAUUGGGUGGUAUUAUGUUUUGGGCCAUAGAUAAUGAUGAUUUCCGUGGGACAUGCAGUGGUAAGCCAUAUCCUUUGAUUGAGGCUGCCAAGGAGGCUAUGCUUGAGGCAUUUGGACUGGGCAUUAAUGAAGUAGCAAAGUCAAAUGGCCCGCAAAAGCCGUUACGCUCUAGAAGUCGGGACAAUGGCAUCACCAGCACAAGGAAUCACUUAACCUCCGAGUCCGACGUAAACACAAGAAAGCCCAGUGCAACUCGACGACCUGCGAAUAGAGGCACCACAACGACAAAGUCCACUACCACUAUAAAACUGACGGAGGCUAAGGGACCGUCGCUGUACAUUGGGGGACGAGCAUCGACGACGCCACCACCGCCCACAACGCCCGAUCCCGGCUCUGACUUCAAAUGCGAGGAGGAGGGCUUUUUCCAGCAUCCUCGCGACUGCAAGAAGUACUACUGGUGUUUAGAUAGCGGUCCUUCUGGGUUGGGCAUUGUGGCUCAUCAAUUCACCUGCCCUUCUGGGCUUUACUUUAAUCCCGCUGCCGAUUCUUGCGAUUUUGCACGCAAUGUACCAUGCAAGACCCAGAAACUGACAACUGCACGCCCUAUAAGCUCGACAACAAGUACAACGACCACAACACUACGCCCUACCAGUAGCUACAAUCGUGUCACAGCAGCACCCGUGGCUCGCCCGGUCUAUCCACGUAUCACCAGCACAAGUUCCACCACCACAACAACCACUACCGCCGCAUCAGCGGAAGAUGUGCUAGAAUACGAAGAGGACGAAGAUAACACACAGACAUCAAGCAAGUCCACCGAUGCUGAAGAGGAUCCACAAGUCAUAAAGGAGCUAAUUGAUCUUAUACGUAAGGUCGGUGGCGUGGAGCAGCUGGAGAAACACUUACUGCGAAAUAAAGACGGUUCUAUAACGCUGAAAGAGAACGUUGCUAGCGGCGCACCGACAACACCUUCCACAAUUAGCAAGUCAUUGUAUGAUCGUGUUCUAAAUCGUCCUGAAACAUUGGGCACAUUUACACGUCAACGCCUCAAUGUUGUUAAAAUACAGCCUACUGAAUCCGCUGAAUAUAGCAACGCUGCCGUCGCCGGCGAUGGCAGUUCGCAAGCAAACAAUUCAAAAUACUCAUCGGUACUGCGCGGCAACAGCCGUCAGGGACCACAAAACGAGGGACUGGAAAAGCUUGCCGAAUUCGAUGGCUUUCUUAAGGAACGUAAGCCGUAUGUGACUAUUAAUCGCAAUCGAGGCGCCACGCGCGAUGAGGAAGAAGCCGAAGUUACCUCUAGAGAUGAUGAUAGUUUAAGUGAGGAAGAGGCUGACUCCAAACAAGAUCCGGUGAAUACAACGAGGCGUCCUCUUGGCUCUGUCACGCCAUCGUACACUAGUUUACGACGCUCCCGACCUACCACAACGUCCACAGCGCCCGUAGACUCAGUGACGGAGCCCGAACAGCCUAUUGUCAUUAAGGAGCAAACGCAGACUAAGCACUAUGCUACACUAAGCCGUACUCGUGGACGUACCACAGAGCGGCCGCAAAGCACAGUUUCUGAGUCAGCAAUUAUCUCGAACACCAAUCGCUACAAAUACCUUGAACGGACGCAGCCCACAAAGAGCAGCGGUGCAAUUGAUGUCGGAGCUGAUGCUAAUGAUCAUGAUUCUGAUGAAGACGAGGAGGAAUACGAGGAUGAGCCACAACAGAAAAAAGUAACGUUGAGACAACCACGGAAAGGCGCUGUCUCGCGACGUCCCGUGCUAAGCGUGCGCCGGCGAAUAAUUAACACGCCGACGGCAGCGUCUGAAUCGACCACGCCAACUGCAGAGCUGACGACGACCUCUAAAUAUAAUCGUCUGCGUAGUAAGCCAGCCACUACGACAGCAGCAGCAACCGUUAAAAACAGCAACAGCUACCUAAGCAAACUGAAAAGUUCGUCAGCAACAUUGCCGUUUGCAGCAAGCAGCAGCAGCAACAGCAACAGCAACAGUAACAGCAGCAACAGUAACAGCAGCAACAGUAACAGCAGCAACAGCAACAGCAGCACUGACAACGCGCAAAAACUUCAUAAAUUCCAGGCAGCCAGCUAUGCAUUGCGUCGCCAGUUUCAGACGCGUCGAUUGACGACAACGGCAUCCUCGACAAGUGGCGAUGAAAACGCCACGGAUGCGCCGCGCACACAAAACCCGCUUUUUAAGCGCCGCCUAACGCUAACGUCUACUGUAACCCCACCACGGAUUUCAACCACAGCGUUAUCGAUAGACACGACUACCUAUUUGCCGGGCAUUGAGGAUGAUAAUGAUCAGGUGGCUAGGUCCAGCAUACACACAAGUCGCUUCAAUCAAAUCUCGGAACAUUUACGUCCAGGCUUGAGCUUUGAGCUACCGAACAGCAUCAGUAGCGUUGGCAUAGCCAAUAUCACACGUGAGUCCCUUUUGCGAAUAUACUUUUAGUUUUGGACACUGAUUCUUUCCAUGAAUUAUUAUGCAGGUCGUCAGAUGAUACCACGCCCACGUCGGCCACAGUUCGCCACGCCCACACCUAGUACAACUGCAGCAGCAGUAACGGCGGCAUCAUCGCCGCCAGCAUCCCGCCGUCAGCAGAGCCGUCGACGGCCGCACAAGUACAUUGAGGUAUACAGCCGGCCGCCUAGCAAACCGGAAGUGGCCACGGCCACAUCUACUGCCAAUCGUCGAUCAGGCGCUGUUGACCACGAGAUCUAUGAUCAAAACCGUGCGAGCUCCCAGUCCCCGUCCAAGUCACAAACGCUACCGAAGGUGAUUGUACAUGGGCAAGGCAUCAUCGAGUGCCUCGACCAAGGCAACUUUCCUCAUCCGCUCAGCUGUCGCAAAUUCAUUUCCUGUGCCAAAUUCGAUGAGACCGGCGGUAUUGUAGGUUGGGAGUACACUUGCCCCAAGGGUCUCGGAUACGAUGGGGACAGCGGUAUGUGCACCUGGGCGGCAACCGGCGAGAGAGCCUGUCAUAAUUGAAGCGUCUGGGAGGGGUCAAUGACUGAAUGCACGCCUUUGCGGCCCAACGGCACUCCCAAAAAGAGAUAACUGAUUUUUUCUUGCAUGUUGCAUGUUUGCACAUAAUUUUUUAUUGUGAAUAG